GGGCGAGGUCAUUUCUCAUCAGCUACCCAUCGUCUUUGAUACUUUCAUCAUCCCCAUCCUCUUCCCAUCACUCUGGUGCUAAGGUGUGAAUCGGUAUUAUUAUGUGCGAUUGAUACUAGCAUUCAAUCAUAACUGCUUUCACUUUUUCGACGCCUGCUCGUUUGACGUCAGUCAUUCUAUCCCCUAUCUCCUAUAUUCACUCGGGGUCAUUCCCAAACGAGAGGCACACACAUCUCGAGGUUGUGUGCGUUGAUAACCACCAAUAUACAACGGAAAUCAGUACCAAAGUUGCUUUGGAUAUAGAAUAUCAUACGAGCCUUGAUAUUAAAUACUCAGCUCCGGUCAAACAUCGCCGCCGACAAGUCUCCUGGAGCUAGUACCUCAGCCGACUAGCUCGCGGAUAGAAAAUUGUCCCCUAGGGUCGAGUAAUAACCAGUCCUCUGCUGGACGGCAGACAGACAUAAACAGCAUCAGCAAUGGCUUCCCCCCACAAUUUGGAUAUGCCUCGCCCUUCAUCGCUCACGUACUACAACUGGCCGGGUACGCUGCCCAACUCCCCUAGCCCCGAAGACCCCGUAUACGAGGCCUUCUACUCCGUACCCUCAGAAAUCCUCCCUGAUCACACCGCCAUGCUCUGCCGCUCUAAUCCCUCAAAUCCCCACCCUUCUAUCUUCUCCAUCUCGGUUUACCGACGCUGGUACUACAUAAGCAUGGGCCUAACCUUCUUGGACGCGCACUGGCUCUGCACGCACCCCCCGAUGGAAGAGCACACCCCACUGUCCCAGUUCCCUCCCGCCGAGCACGCCCACAAGGACUGCACGCUGUGCAUGGGGAUGCCUGAUCUACGCGCCGCGACGUACCUCUGCGGCUUCCACUUCUGCCUGCUGGUCGGCGCGUGCCGCCCCGGCGACAUUCAGGUCCUGGCUGGCUUAAAAGUGGUCGACCCUGAUGAAGGCGGGAUGCGGUGCAGCGGGGGUCCGGCCGAGUUGCUUUCGACUUUGAGCAAAAUCAGAAACUUGUAUGUUGGCAGCACGCCUGAGUUUGGAUACACGCGCGAACAGUAUUUAGCUACUCUGGGUACUUUCGGAGCGGUAGGGCUUGGACGAAAGUUGAACCGGAUAUCUCGAGGCUGGACUGUGUAGGUGAAGGUUGGGGUUGGGGGGCCUGUCUGCGCUGCGAUGCCGCAGGGAAACCAGCGGGCGGAGAUGCAAGAUGGGCUUUCCUUUUGAUUUUGGGGUUUGGCAACAGGGGUUUACAGUUGUGAUGCGUUCUUGCUUUAAGAUUGCUUUGGGAUUGAUUAUUGGUUUACUUUCCUUUCCCUAUUGGAGUUUGCAGGGGUUGAGAUAGGAUAGGAGGAAGGG